GCGAAUCCGGAAUACCAGGUAUCGGUAAUAUAUUGGCCAACUCAAUCAGGGCUCCCAGCAUCAGGUGCCGAUAAUCAGAGACUGAGUCGCGAUCCACAUACGCGAAGACCGUUCGUUCGCUUUAUCUUCUCUGUCCUCACCUGCCCACCAAAACAAACCUACUACUCUGCUUCUUCUUCCCUUAACCCCCUUCUCCCCUGCAAUUCUUCCUCUCUUACUCUCUCUCUCUCUCUCUCUCUUCACUUCUACAGUUCCACCAAGAGCUAGACAAGAUGAUGCACAUGACCUUCUACUGGGGGAAAACGGUGACCCUGCUCUUCGAUUCGUGGAAGACCGACUCAUGGACCAGUUACGCUCUCACCCUACUCGCUUGGUUCCUCUUCUCCGUCUUCUACCAGUACAUGGAGGAUCGUCGUAUCCGCUUCAAAGUCUUCGCUACCAGUAAAAAUCCAAUCAAUACUCCUCUGCUUGUCUCGAGGCUCACCGGCAGCGGUUGGAGCAAUCCCGCCAGGUACGCUGCUGCCAUCUUGUUCGGAAUCAAUUCGGCCAUCGGUUACCUUUUGAUGCUCGCUAUCAUGUCCUUCAAUGCUGGUGUCUUCUUGGCCAUCGUCUUGGGCCUUGCUUUUGGGUAUUUGAUCUUUAGGAUCUCUGAUGAUGAACUGGUGGUUGUAGACAAUCCCUGCGCUUGUGCUUGAAACUUAAAGAGUCCUCUCUUUGGUUCUCAAUAUUACGAAAAAAGAAGCAAAUUUUGUUUCUUUAUGGUUUAAGAUAUGAAUGUAAGUUUGUUGAAUUUCCUUUUGUGGCUUGUCAAUUGUGUAAUCAUUUGAAAUCUCUCCUUCUAUC